UUUAUUAUUAUGCGCUUUUAAGCGUAGUUUUCUUAUAUAAAAAUUUUUUGCAAAUAAAAUGCAAAAGAUAAGCAGACAAAUGCAAAAUGGAUAAAACUAAUAUUGUCAAUACAUUUACUGCUUACGUUGAACAGCUGCGGAAUCGGGAAUGCAGCCAAAAAGAGAAGAUUGCGUGUUUUCAGCACAUCGCCGACUGCAUUACGCAUCCCGCAUUAGCGAGUCAUCACAAUUACGCCACACAUUGUUCAAAGGCGACCAAUGUGCUCCUCCUGUUCUGUGAGGAUUUGGAUUCGGUGGUGCGGAUGUGCGCUGAGGAGAAUUUAAAUAAGAUUUUUCGAACUUUGGAAAAGACUCGGGUGAGUCGGAUUCUAAUGGAUUUGUAUGGUGAAAUCAAACGAAAUGGAAAUCAACGUUCCCUGCGUAUUUCAUUAAAUUUGUUUGCUCAUUACGCACCUCAAAUCAAGGAAAAGCAAAUCAAGUGGUACGCCUUGCGCCUACUGCAUUGCAUGCUGAACAUUUGCCAGCGGAAGGAGACGCAAUUAUGUGAGACUUUGUGUGAAUUUGUUAAAAACUUUGGUAGGAAUCUGCAGCACGGCUUGACGGACAGUGAAACGUGCAAACUUUUCGAGGCUUUCAUGGCAAAUAUUGGUGCUGAGUGCGCGGUGAAGCGACGCUGUUCAUCACAGAACUGCAUCAGUCUGAUUGAGAAUUCGCAGAAUAAGAGUUUAAUGGCCAAACAUGGACUCAGCAAAGUGUUUGAGUUGAAGCAAUUGCAUAAAAACGAAAACGAUGGAAGAGUGCAUAUCUGUGAAUUUAUAAGGGCUGAAGUGCGACGGUAGCAAAUACA